CUUUCUGGGUGUACGGUCGUCUUUGUUCCAGAUUCAAAUUCGGAUUUGGAAUAUCUAACCAUUAUCUCUUUUGAGAGGUACGAGGUGGCUCAUUUGAAUUCAUAACGAGUGGGAGCUAAUUGCGCCUGUGGCCAGAAUGAAGUGCCUGAUAGUGUUUGGGCUGAUUGUGGCCCUGUUCGGUGCCUUCGUGGGCUAUGGCUACGUGGUGUUCACGGAUCUGACCAAGCCCCUGCCCAAGCCGGAGUUCAAGGACGACACCUACUGGGGUCCUGGCGAUGCCAAGGACUUUGUGCCCGACGAGAAGAUCUACGAGUUCAAGCUGCAGGUGCCCCCAUCGGAGAUCGAUGAUCUGCGAAAGGAGCUCAACCGCACGCUGAGACUCACCGAACCGCUGGAAGGGAUCGCCUUUGAGUACGGAUUCAACACCUACGCGCUGGAGCAGUUUGUGGACUACUGGCGGGACAAGUACCUGACCAAGUGGGAUGAGCGCCAGGAGCUGUUCAACUCCUUCAAGCAGUACAAGACCGAAAUUCAGGGUUUGAACAUUCACUACAUUCACGAGAAGGUAUCGGAGGACGCCCAGGAAACGAAACACGUGUAUCCUCUGCUCCUGCUGCACGGCUGGCCAGGAUCAGUGCGCGAGUUCUUCGACUUUAUACCCAUGCUCACCAAGCACUCAAACAUCACGGAUUACGCUUUUGAGGUCGUGGCACCUUCCCUGGUGGGCUACGGAUGGUCUGAUGCUGCAACUCGUCCCGGUUUCAAUGCCGCUGAAAUGGCCACGGUGAUGCGCAACCUGAUGCUGCGUCUGGGCCACAAGAAGUUCUUCAUCCAAGGCGGAGAUUGGGGCAGCAUCAUUGGCAGCAACUUGGCCACCCUGUAUCCGGAGAACGUGAUCGGUUACCACUCGAACAUGUGCGUCCUGCACUCGCCACUGGCUAUUCUCAAGGGAAUCUACGGCAGCUUCUACCCGGAGAAGUAUCUGCCCAACAGAUUCUUUGUGGACCAUCACUUCCCCGUGUGGGACAAAUGGCUGGAGCUGCUGCAGGAGAGCGGCUACUUCCACAUCCAGGCCACCAAGCCAGAUACGAUUGGAGCGGCUCUGACCUCCAGUCCCGUGGGCUUGGCCGCCUAUAUCCUCGAGAAGUUCCAGACCUGCACGAAUCCUGGCCUGCAGCAGGACUUUGGCGCCAUAGUGACGGUCUUCGGCUUGGAGACUGUGCUGGACAACCUGAUGGUCUACUACCUGACCAACUCGGCCACCACGGCGGCUCGUUUCUAUCUGGAGAACGUGUCCAAGGCGUACAGGGAUCUCCAGCUGGAUCGGGUGCAGUCCCCGGUUCCCAUGGGCUGUGCCCGCUUCCGAUUCGAUCUGCCCUCGGUCACCGACUGGCAGCUGAGGGACAAGUUCCCCAACCUGACCCACUCGAUGUACUUCCAGCAGGGCAGCCACUUUGCCGCGCUGGAGAUGCCGGCCAUGUUGUUCAAUGACUUUACCGCCUUUGUGGCAAAGAUUGGCCUCCACGGUGAGGUGAGGAAAUAAAUUGUUUUACUAUACUUA